GUGUGCGUGCGUACUAUGUGAAGAGACAACAGUGUUGCAGUUUGGUAGCAGGAGAGCCGCGCGGGACUUUAUCAGGGUUUAUCGAUGGAGGCAGGAUUUUCCGAACAAGUCGCGGCUCUUCUUCGCCCUCCGUCUCUUGUUCACGUCAAGGAAUACUUCGAGGCGCUUCUUGCAGAAAGGCAGUGUUUUGGGCUUAAAGUAAAGCCAGAAGGAGAGCAUGGAAAAGGAGUAUACAGUGAGGUGGAUUUUCAAGAAGAUGACCUUGUUUUGAAGGAUCAGAUGCUUGCUGGUGCACAACAUUAUUCUAAUAAAAUUGAUUGCAUGGUGUGUAGCUAUUGCUUCCAAUUCAUUGGCUCAGUAGAGCUUCAAAUUGGGAGGAAACUGUAUUUGCAAGACUUGGGUGUUUCUGCAGUUGAUGGAUGUGGAUCAUCUGAUGAAGCAGGAUGUAGUGUUUCUUCUGAAAAAGUUGGUCUCCCGCAAGACGCCAUCCAGUCGUUAAUGAACGGCGGAUUGAAGUUGCCAUAUUCAGAUAAUUUCUCCCUUCCGGCAGUUGUUCCAUGUGCAGGGGCAUGUGAAGAGGCUUAUUAUUGCAGCAAAUCUUGUGCGGAAGCAGACUGGGAUUCAUUCCAUUCAUUACUUUGUACUGGGCAACAAUCAUCAGUGUCAAAUACAAAAGCACUUAUGAAGUUCACAAAGCAUGCUAAUGAAACAAAUGAUAUCUUCAUCCUUGCUGCCAAGGUAAUAUCAUUUACGAUUCUGAGAUACAGAAAGUUAAAAGCAUCUCAUCUUGAACAGAAGGGGAAGCAUAAAUCUUCUAAUUGCUGCAACAGUUAUAACUUCCCUUUGCUGUUGGAAGCCUGGAAGCCAGUCUCAAUGGGAUUCAAAAAAAGAUGGUGGGACUGUAUCGCUCUGCCAGAAGAUGUUGAGUCUUGUGAUGAAGUUGAUUUCAGAAUGCAAAUCAAGGACUUGGCAUUUGAGUCAUUGCAGCUCCUAAAAGAAGCCAUUUACGAUGAGGAAUGUGCACCAUUGUUUUCUCUCGACAUCUAUGGUCAUAUCAUCGGGAUGUUUGAACUGAAUAACCUCGAUUUGGUUGUGGCAUCUCCCAUUGAGGAUUACUUUUUGUACAUUGAUGAUCUUCCAUGCUCCCAAAAGAAAGAAGCUGAAAAGAUAACAAAACCAUUCCUUGAUGCUCUCGGGGAGGACUAUUCCAUUCCUUGCCAAGGGACGGCAUUUUUCCCUGUACAAAGUUGCAUGAACCAUUCCUGUAAUCCAAAUGCAAAAGCUUUCAAGCGAGAAGAGGAUCGGGAUGGCCAAGCUUCUAUAAUUGCUCUGCGACGCAUUCUAAAAGGAGAAGAGAUAACUAUAUCAUACAUAGAUGAGGAUCGUCCUUACGCUGAGAGGCAGGAACUGCUCGCUGAUUAUGGGUUCAGGUGCGGAUGCCCUCGAUGCAUCGAAGAACAACCAUAACAACUCACAUAUGUUUAUGGAUGUGUACUAAGGAGUCAUUUAGCUCGAACACACUAUGAACUUCUUGCAAGAGCUGUUUUUUUAUUUUUUUAUUUUUUUAUUUUUUUUUGUAUAAUGUGACAUAUAUAUAUAUAUAUAUACACAGACAUAUAUGUGAGAUUGAACUUUAUGUUGAAUAUUUGAGAGUGAUGGGAUGACAUCUGAGUUUUUUGCCUUUGGAA